AAUAUUAAAAUGUAGGAUUAAAGUUUGUACCCGCCAAUGGCAUAACCCCAUAUUGCCGGCAUUCCCCUAUUUUCCGAGACAGAAUACACUCUAUGUGGGUCUCCUCUCUAGGGCCGGGCCCUCUAGUGGUGGAAUACAUAGCGGGUCGCUAAGUGAUUAGAGUCAGUUCGUUGUGGGACGUGGAAGGGUGAACACGCGUUUGUGAAAUGCUCGUCGACUCAGGGGCGUUUCCACCACUAGAUGACCGGAAAGCGGGAACUGACUCCAGCCCAAAUCACUUCUGAGAAUAAUUCCCUUACAUUCUCAGAAGUGGGAUUACCCGCAAAAGUGCCCACGAAGUGAAAAUGCGAAAAAAAGUUCAAAAAAAAUGGCGUGCGCGAGUGACGCAGUGAAAAUUCGCAGGAUUUCCGGAGAAAAUGCGGCCAAAGACGCACCUGGAGGCUGGGAGACGACCUGAAGACAUCGAGGGCAUCAAGGAGCAAUCAUUUUGGGGCAGUUUGGCAGUGAAUUUGGUGAGAAAAUUCCAAUUUUCAAGGAUAUUGCGCAUUAAAAUAUUGCGUCAGCCAGUCAGCCAUCUUUGUGGUACUGGUGAAAAUCCUACCUUAAAAUUAUGGAAAAAUAUGACAAAAUGUAUUGAAUUUAGCUGUAUGGGCCCAUACUAGGAUAAAAUUUAUGUGUUUAAAUUAGAAACCAUGGUUAGGUAGGAUGUUUUUUGUUGAAAAAUAUGAAAAAAAAUGAGACAAAGGAAUCCAUGUUUGGAUUCAACGGAAAAUUUGAAUUCGAAACUUGUCAACGGAUAUGAUUUUUAUCCUUGAUUCUAGAAUCUUCUAGAAUCUCACCUUAAAUGUUACCCCUGCGCGUCACUUCAUGGAAAAUUUUGAUGCGUGCGCGUCUAUUUUGUUUUUGCGUGGAAAAUUUUGAAAAAAAAGUCAGAAAACAAGAAAAUCAGUGUGAAAAUCAUUGGAAUUAUCUUGCAGUGGCGGUCAAUCUUUGAGAAAAGUGAUUUUCUUCGUGAAAAGAAUGCCAAACACCAGGGGCAGAAGGAGUGAGCAGGUGCGAAAUGCGAUGCACCAAGAUGAUUCCUUUAGAGGAGAAGGAAAUGCCCAAAUGCCUGCAGUGGGGCCACGGGAAAUCUUUGCAGUCCUUUCAAGAUAUGACCCUGACGAUACAAAAUGCAUUGCUUCUGAUCUGUGGAUUAGCGAAGUGGAGACAGCCAGGGAGCUAUACGAGUGGAGUGACAGAGCCACCAUUUUGUACGCUUCCAUGAGGCUCUGUGGCACCGCCAAGACAUGGUAUCACGCCGCGAAAUCCCGCCUAACGACGUGGGCAAUAUUUUUCGCGGGAGUUUAAAAUCAAUUUCCCUACACGUGUGGACAUCCCGAAGGUGCACGAGCAGCUGAAGAAGAGGAAGAAAUCCCCAAAGGAAACCAUUGUGGCUUACUACCACGAGAUGGUGGCAUUGGGGGCGAAGAUUAAUCUUGAUGAUGCGUCACUGCGACAAUACAUUAUUGGCGGAAUUCCCUCGGCGAGUCGUCGCACAGCAUUGAGGAACCGGCAAUACAACUCACUUCCGGAACUCCUUGUGGCACUUCAGGAUACAGAAGGUGAGAAUGAUGAGGAAAAGUCAAAUCAGCAAAGUUCUUCACGCGAUCGCUCUCGCUCAAGGAGGUGUGAACCAUAUUCGCGUGACAAUCGCAGAGAUUCACAGGAAGGAAGCAGCAAAGACCACACGGAGGAGAAGGAGAAUGAUCCAAAGUCGGGAAAAUCCAAGGACAAGAGGGAGCGUGUGUGCUUCAGAUGCCGUGAACCAGGACAUCUUAUUGCCAAUUGCCCGAAACCUGCGGAUUUUCGGGUAAGGGUGGUCGAGAGGAGCGCCACCCUACCAAAUAAACAAAGCUUCUUCAACAGUGUGCGCGUGGGAGACGAGGAAGUACAGGUGCUUGUUGUCUUCGGGAGAAACUGUACCCCCAUUCCGGAGAAGACUGAAAAGAAUUAUGGGACAAUGACUCAGUGUGUGAUGCAAAAGGAAAUUAGUUGGGAGAAACUUCCGGGAGAAAAGAUAACAGCAGGAGAGAAGAUCACGGAUGCGGUAAAGACAAUCUGGAUGUGUCUCAUACAAGAUGAUCGAGCGUGUUUUGCGAUGGACACUGCUGGAUGGGAUAACACCAACAUUGGAGAGAUGAUUGGUUAGUACAAGGACGAAAAACUUGGUGGUUCCGAAAGUUUUGAGACUCCAUGUGUUGCGGAAUGGAAAUUAUUGAAUUGGAUAUCCUGGACCAAAAACAACUCUGGAAUAUUAGCAUCUGCACGUGGAUUUUUGUGAACCUUGUCUCAAGGCAAUUAGGACGCGAAUAGAAUUAGAUGGGUCAUAGAGAGACCUUUGGAGGCUGAAUAGCCUAUUAGGGGUUAAAUAUUAUGAUUUCAAGGAAAUAAAAUGAAUUUAAGAGAAA